AUGUGUCUGGCCUCUUUCCUGGACUACCAUCUUUUUGAGAUUGACCCAUGUAUCAGGAGUCAGUGCUCCAUUCCUCUUUUUGAUGUAGUGAUUUUCUAUUGUAUGGAUGUGACGCGGCUGUGGGAAUCGUACUUCUGCAACACCUUCAACGGCUCCCUGGUGGGCAUGAGGGAGCAGUGGCCUCUGGAGCUGGGAAAACACUGGGUUUAUGUAGCCAGCAGCCCCAUGGCCUUGGUCCUGUGCGCAGGUGCGGCGCUGAAUCCUGUAUUUGACGUUGAAGCUGUUGUCAGCCCAACCAGUGUGGUAUUAACAUGGAAACACAACGACUCAGUUGCUUCAGAAUACAUAAUAGAGGAUAAGAUGGAGAACAAGCUGUUUACUGUUAAAAACCAGACAUCAUAUAACAUCACAGGCUUAAGCCCAGGCACUUCCUAUACAUUCUCCAUCACCUUGAAAACAGCCAAUGAGACCGUGAACAAAACUGUCACAACAGAGCCCUGGCCAGUGUCUGAUCUCCGUGUCACCUUCGUGGGUGUGACACAGGCUCAUCUCACCUGGAACAAUAAAAAUGGCACUGCCUCCUACCGGAUGUUGAUUGAAGAGUUGACCACACAUUCAUCAGUCAAUAUUUCAGGUCUGAAGCCGGGGACCUAUAAUAGGUUGGCUGUCCCAGAAUCAAAUGAGACACAGAAUGAUUUCCUGGUUGCAGAUGUCUUGGCAGAUGCCAAUGGUACCAAGAGAAAUACCUCUGCCCAGGAUCCCUCCCUCACAGAGGUCUUGAUCACUGAGCUAAAGCCUGGUACUGAGUACAAUGUCACCAUUUAUUCUCGAGCAGCAGAUGACACAGAAGGACAGCCUGGGAACAAAGUGUUUAAAACAAACUCCACCCAGGUUUCUGACAUCCGAGCUACGAACAUCAGCUCCUUGAGCGUGACCCUGACCUGGAAAAGCAACUAUAAUGGGUCCCAUCCUUCAUUUGCCUACAAAAUACACGUGGCUGGGGGGUCUGACUACAUCAACCAAACUGUCAAUAGGACUGAGGCCGUCGUCCUUGGGCUCAGCUCGAGCACCUUGUACAACAUCACAGUUCAUCCUUUCCUGGGUCAGACCGAGGGCAUACCAGGUUUCCUCCAAGUGUACACUUCCCCUGGUCCAGUUUCUGACUUCCGAGUGACAAAUGUCAGCACAAGGGAAAUUGGUUUGGCUUGGAGAAGCAAUGACUCAGAGUCAUUUGAGAUUUUCAUCAAGCAGGAUGGAAGUGAGAAGCAUCGAAAUGCUUCGACAGGAAACCAGAGCUAUAUCGUUGAAGGUUUAAAGCCUGGAACCAGUUACCAUUUUGAAAUAUUUCCACGAGGACCAGAUGGGACUAAAGGGCCAUCCAGGACAGUUAAUGGUACAACUGACCGCAGUGCUGUGAUUGACAUCCACGUGAUCAAUGUUAGCACCACUGAAAUGCAGCUGCAGUGGCAGAAUACAGACAAUGCUUCUGGAUACACUUACCAUUUAGUUCUAGACUCUAAAAAUGGCUCCAUCAGUACCAACAGUUCUCAGAAAUGGAUCACAGUGGGAGGCCUUACCCCAGGCACCUUAUAUAAUGUCACCAUCUUUCCAGAAGUGGACCAGAUCCAGGGCGACUCCAACUCCAUUACCCAGUACACACGGCCCAGCAGUGUGUCCCACAUUGAAGUAGACACCAACACCACUGUGGCAGUCAUUCGGUGGAAGAACGUGGACUCCGCCUCUGCUUCCUAUGUCUACUCUGUCCUUAUCUUGAAGGCUGGAGAUGGCAGCAGGGUAACUGGCAGGGUCACAGACAUCCCUUCUGUGACAGUCACUGGGUUAAACCCUGGCGACUCUUACACAGUGAAGAUCUUUACACAAGUUGGGAAUGAUACAGUAUCACUGGUACCUGGUCUGAAGCUGUUCUGUAUGGAUCCUGCACCUGUGGCCUUCUUCCACUGUGAAGUGGUCCCUAAGGAGCCAGCGUUGGUUCUCAAGUGGGCCUGCCCCCCUGGGAUGAACACAGGCUUCGAGCUAGGGGUCAGGAGUGAUGCUUGGGACAAUAUGACACACCUGGAGAACUGCACUUCAGAUGACACAGAAUGUAGGACAGAAGUCACCUAUUUGAAUUUUUCUACCUCGUACAACAUCAGCAUUGCCACCUUGUCAUGUGGAAAGAUGGCGCUCCCCACCCAGAGCACCUGCACCACUGGCAUCACAGACCCACCUCCUCCAGAUGGAUCCCCUAAUAUCACAUUGGUCAGUCACAAUUCAGUAAAGGUUAAGUUCAGCGGUUUUGAAGCCAGCCAUGGACCUAUCAAAGCCUAUGCCGUCAUUCUCACCACUGGGGAAGCUAUCCAACCCUCCGCAGAUGUUUUGAAGUACACCUAUGAAGAUUUCAAAAAGGGAGCCUCGGAUACUUAUGUGACAUACCUCAUAAGAAUAGAAGAGAAGGGACAGUCUCAGGGCUUGUCUGAAGUCUUGAACUAUGAAAUCGAUGUGGGGAACCAGUCCACUACCCUCGGCUACUACAAUGGGAGGCUGGAACCUCUGGGCUCCUACCGGGCUUGUGUUGCUGGCUUUACCAAUAUUACCUACAACCUUCAAAAUGAUGGCCUCAUCAAUGGGGAUGAGAGCUAUGUGUCUUUCAGUCGAUAUUCAGAGGCUGUGUUCUUGCCCCAAGAUCCAGGUGUCAUCUGCGGAGCAGUGUUUGGAUGUAUCUUUGGUGCCCUGGCCAUCAUGGCUGUGGGAGGCUUCAUCUUCUGGAGAAAGAAAAGGACAGAUGCCAAGAAUAAUGAAGUGUCCUUUUCUCAAAUUAAACCUAAAAAAUCCAAGUUAAUCCGAGUGGAGAACUUUGAGGCCUACUUUAAGAAACAGCAAGCUGACUCUAACUGUGGGUUUGCAGAGGAAUAUGAGGAUCUGAAGCUGAUUGGAAUAAGUUUACCUAAAUAUACAGCUGAAAUAGCCGAAAACAGAGGGAAGAACCGCUACAACAAUGUCCUGCCCUAUGAUAUUUCUCGAGUCAAACUUUCAGUCCAGACCCAUUCGACGGAUGACUACAUCAAUGCCAACUAUAUGCCUGGCUACCAUUCCAAGAAAGAUUUCAUUGCCACACAAGGACCUUUACCCAACACUUUGAAAGAUUUUUGGCGAAUGGUUUGGGAGAAAAACGUAUAUGCCAUUGUUAUGUUGACCAAAUGUGUGGAGCAGGGAAGGACCAAAUGUGAGGAGUACUGGCCUUCCAAGCAGGCUCAGGACUACGGGGACAUAACUGUGGCAAUGACAUCAGAAGUUGUUCUUCCAGAAUGGACCAUCAGAGAUUUCGUGGUGAAAAAUAUUCAGAAUAGUGAGAGUCAUCCUCUGCGGCAGUUCCAUUUCACCUCCUGGCCUGACCAUGGUGUUCCUGACACCACCGACCUGCUCAUCAACUUUCGGUACCUGGUCCGGGAUUACAUGAAGCAGAUUCCCCCUGAGUCACCAAUCCUGGUGCAUUGCAGUGCUGGGGUUGGAAGGACGGGCACUUUCAUUGCGAUCGAUCGCCUGAUCUAUCAGAUAGAGAAUGAGAACACUGUGGAUGUGUACGGUAUUGUCUAUGAUCUUCGGAUGCACAGGCCCCUGAUGGUGCAAACAGAGGACCAGUAUGUUUUCCUCAAUCAGUGUGUUUUGGAUAUUAUCAGAGCCCAGAAAGACUCAAAAGUUGAUCUCAUCUAUCAGAACACAACCGCGAUGACAAUCUAUGAAAACCUCGAGCCAGUGAGCGUGUUUGGAAAGACUAAUGGUUACAUCGCCUAGUUCCAAAGCAAAGCCUUUCUGAAGCUAACCAGACCAUCACACCCACAGCGAGGGAGAGCGCCCUGACGGGGACAUGUUUUAUAUGUCUCAUUUCUCAGUUCUUUGUUCUGUUCUGUUAGAACUACUUGGAGGACAUGGGGCUGUGCACGGAAAAUGUGGCCAAUAGGCAGUUUGGGCUGUUAGGGGCUGUGGAUGGAUGGUGUGUAAAUCAGCGGCAUUCCUGAUUACCAAUGGGAUGGGUUCGCUUUUUGUUUUUUCCUUGAGAAUUGUGGAAAACCAGGAGAAGUGAGCUGUUUUUGUUUUUCAAACAAGUUUGUUCUCCUCUCUUUCUCCCCCUCUCUCCUCUUUCUCUUCCUCCCCUACCUCUCUCUCUCUCUUUUUAAGACUUUUAUAUGAUUCACAUGCUAAAGCCAGGAUUAUGUUGGGUUGAAUAUAUUUUAAGUAUCAGAGGUCUAUUUUUACCUACUGUAUCUUGGAAUCUAGCCGAUGGAAAUGCAUGACUGUGGGUGUUUCUCAUGCAUGGAGGGGCACAUGGCGCCUCUUCUGUGUGGGUUUCUAUUUGAACAUGUGCCUUUUCUGAAUUAUGCUUCCACAGGCAAAACUCAGUAGAUAUCUCUAUUUUUAUAUUGAAUCUCAGAAUUGGAAUAUACAGAAUAUUUAAGCAGUAGCUUAGUAUCAGAGGUUUGCCUCCUCAGUCACAUUCCUGUUCCCAUUCAAUUAGAGGAGGCUUCUCUGCGGCCCACCCUUGACACACAUUUGUGCUCCACGGUCCUUUUUCCUUUCUUUCUUAUCCCUUCUCAGUUUUCACCAAAGACUUCUGUUGGUGAGAUUUUCAUCCCAUUGGUUGGGUGAGAAUAGAAAUUUAAACUAUCACCAUGAGACUCUCUGUGGUGGGGUUGGGGAGGAACAGAGGAAUCAACAUACCAUGGUGUGCACCCCUUCUCAUCCCGUCUCCUCCAUUCUCUCAUUUCUGUUUUUGGUAAGAAGGAUUAUUUAAAGGUGCAAUAUGUGACGUAGUGGUUCAUGAUGCUCUGGGUUCUUAGUAAUGUUUUACUCAGGUUGUCAUUUUAUGUGUGUUUGUGUGUGUGUGUGUGUGUGUGUGUGUGUGUGUGUAUGUGUGUAUGUUUUAUAGCGUGGUGAUCUGUGAACAUUUCAGUGUGAACUCAGAUUAACCCCCUUUCCCCCCGAAGUCCACUGGCUUUAGUCUAUCUGCAGUGACACACAUCAAUAUCUACUGUAUAUAUAAAUACUAAACUCUUACACCAGUCAUUCCUAUGAAUAGAGGUGUACAAAGUUUGAUUUGUAUCAAAGAUGUAAUUAUUAUUUUUAAAACCUCUUUUCACUACACUGCUGCUGUAAUUACUUUGAAUUUUUAAAGAAAAUGUAGGGUUUUUUUUUUGGCUUCAGGUGUGUAUUCACCAAGAAUUUCAGAAUUUAUGUGGUUUUAUUUUAUUGGUACAUAAUCUGUAAACUUCUCAAGGCAUUAACAUGACAAGAUUUGUGUCUUUUAUUUUAUCUUGUGGCUCAGGUUAUAUUUGAAGAAGUUUCAAGUUUAUUUUCUAGUAGGCAAUGAAGUAUAUAUAAGGUCUUAUGAAGGAAUCGCCAAGCCGCUGGAGUCCUGUGGCUGUUUCCACAGUAACACAUCCUGCUGUAUGUUUGGGACUAUGGUAUCGUGUUGGAGAUGAGUUCGGGGUCUUCUGUGAGGACUGUGGGCCCUGGGGUAACCUGUCUUCUGAUGUUCUGCACUCUGUUCCUCGCGUCACCAGCACUUUGAUGGCUGACUGGACCUGAUCAUGAGUAUUUUGUAGGGUUAGAGAGGGUGAAGCUUGAUGUACUGAAAGCCCUGCUGUGACUCAGCCCUGUAGUGCUGUCCCUGCUGUGACUCAGCCCUGUAGUGCUGUCCCUGCUGUGACUCAGCCCUGUAGUGCUGUCCCUGCUGUAAUUCAGCCCUGUAGUGCUGUGUUUUGUACCCCAUUUUCCUUUGUGGUACUGAAAGGAUUGAAAGAAGAGAUCAUGACACUGUCAUGCUUUGGGGGAGAAUUUUACUUCUCACAUGGAAACUGCACUUUUUUGCUAAAUCCUUUGCAUUUUGAUGUUCAUUUAGUGUCCAGCCCUACAGAGAAUGGGCUGGCCAGGGUAGGUUGGGCCCCUUGACUCAACUUCACUGGGGAACUUGACGCUGCAGUCGUGAAUCAGGGAAGCCAUGCUGUCUCCAGGUAUGGAGUGGAGCUGAACGUGGGCUCAUUAUUUCCAAAUUCUCUGUCUGGUCUGCCCACUAGGAUGUGCUGACUUUGGGGUGCUAUACAGACAGGCCUGUACUGGCAGUAGUUCUGUGCAUACACCUCCUCAGUUUGUUCGGAGCCAUUGUAGUGGGUGGUGAGGGAUCCAUUCCAUGCAGCACCUAUGCCCUGCCUCGACUACCAUGGAAAGUAUGAGGAAAGGACUUGCUCCUAAAAUAGUCCUGUAGAAGAUUAGAGUCCCUCAAAAAAAAAAAAAAUCAAAGCAACAUAAUCA